AUGAAUGUCACUGCUACUACUUCUCGAGUAGUAGCCGAGGCUCCGGUAGAUUUAACGGUGGAAAGGAUCGUCAAUUUGUUCGACAAAGAGCUUCGGUAUCGCGUGAAAAAUGAUCAAUGGGAAACUCAGGGUCGAGAAUAUUUUGCAUCAAAAGUGCAAUUCUUCGUACAACAUAACUCCACAUUGCAGUUAUGUCUUCCAGCGUUCCCAUGCAAGUCAUCCAAUCCAGAGAAGGUCAUGGGCGUCCUCCCGGAUAGGGGCGAGGAAAUCGCCUUGCGCAGACUGCAUGCUUUUGCGCAUAAAAUUGAACAAAUAUAUCCACCCGGGGCUAGGAUUCUGAUCAUUAGUGAUGGUCACGUUUUUAGCGACUGCAUCGGCGUUGACGAUGAGACAGUAGAUAAAUAUGGUGAACAUCUCAAAGUCCUUAAUCGAGCCGUCUCUAUAGCCAUGGGUGAAGACGCUGAACAAGUUCAGUUCCAAUCUCUUGUUGACCUGUUUGAUCUGACAUCGCCCUCGCCCUUGACUUCACCAAAUCUUGUGGGAAUGCUGAGUCUGCCCAAGCUGCAGCAUUACCUUUCCACAAACCUCGACGACAUCGCUGAAUUCUGUCGUCGUAUCCUAGUAGCUGGCUGUCAGCCUUCUGGGGAGAGUCUUCGUACGCAAAUCGAAUCAGGGGACGAGUCCACUUUAGCUCUGUAUCGUGGGUUUUCGCGCUUCAUGCUCCAAGAUUUAGAUCGACAUCCACUCACACAAUCACUAUCGCGCUCUCAGCGAAAAAAGCUCGCAACUAAAGUCUCUUUCGAAAUGAUCCUGCGAAAUCAAGCGUAUUCCAAUUUAAUUGAGCUGAUGUUCCCGGACUGUCUGCGCCUGUCAAUCCAUGCCCACAAUAACUCCGGCCCCAAGUUCGGGAUCAGACUGUUUGACACUGCGACAGUACGCGCCAUCAGACAACUGGAUUCGGUGGGUAGUGACGAUAACAACGGUGAUGACGAAAGUGCUGCGAUCGCAUCGCAUCUCCUUCAUAUACCAACACCGUGGCACAAUUGUAUCGUGGAAGUUGCCGGUGAUCCCAAACUCUAUAUUGUGAAAUACGGUGUCAUAAAGAAUGGCUCGUUCAAUGACAAGUACAGUUCUGAACUGGUCAAGGGAAAUCUUGCGAAGGGGGAAGGUGCUUUUGUGUCGUUGAAAAGACCCUUGAAUUCAGUCAGAACAGCAUAA